AUGAAUAAGGAUAAAUAUGAUAAAAUGGAUCCUUUAUCCAUAACGGAAUCGUUGGGGAUAAAGACAUUCAGGAAAUCAUCAAGACAUAUUUGGUCUGCAGAAGAAGACCACCAAUUGACACAAUAUCUCGUAAGUAUCACAGGGAAGACUUUAGGAGAUAUAAAUGCAGAAGAAGUUGAUUGGGAUCUCCUUGCUUCCAGGUUAUCAAAGGAUGGAUCCAGGAAACCAAAGGAUUAUAAGAAGAGAUGGACGACAUCUCUAGAUCCUAAUGUCAAGAAAGGUAAAUGGACCAAAGAAGAAGACGAACAAUUAAUCAGAGCAUAUGAAAAGUUUGGAGCUAGUUGGCAAAAAGUAGCUGCUAGUAUUCGAACUAGAACCAUGGAUCAAUGUGCCAAAAGAUAUACUGAAGUUUUAGAUCCCAAAACAAAGGAUAGAUUAGGUCCUUGGACGACGGAAGAAGAACUUUUAUUGAUCAAACAAGUGGGCAUUCAUGGAACCAAAUGGAGAACGGUGGCAAGUCAUUUCAAAAAUCGUCCUGCUUUAACUUGUAGGAACAGAUGGAGGAAAAUAGUAUUGAGUGUGGUUAAAGACAAAGCUGAUCCUUAUAUUAAACAAGAAGUAGAAAAGAUAACUAAGAAUGGAACUCCUGGAUCUCCCAUGCAACUAUCUCCUAGUUCCAAUAGUAACGGCAAUUCAAAUCCUAGUUCGAACCCACCCACCACAAAUGAAAAUGGGUAUGGAAAUCCACGAGAAUCUCGAGUCACAACAGAAUGGAAAUAUAAUUUAAUAGGAGAUAAUGUUCCAAGUCUACUAGAGAAUGGGGGAACCAUCAAUAAUGAAGCAUUGGUUCACCAAUUGAUAGGUAUGGCCAAGAACAAUAAUAUCGAAAUUUCAAUCCAUCAACAUGUUCAUCAUCAUUAUUCACCUCCACCACAUCCUUACAAUCAUAUUAACAACGGUGAGUUUGGAUUCUUUGAUUUCGAAAAUAAUCCUACUACUACCACGCCUGCCACUAAAUCGUACUUCCUUGAGCCUGAAGCUCAAUUGAAUAGAUUCCAGCAUUUUAAUUACCUUCCUCCAUUAACAGAAGUCCCCAAAUUGACAUCUAGUAGUCCGGAUAAGAAAUAUAGGGAUUCUCCUUCCCUAACACCGUUAACCCAAGCGGUCCAUCUUGUAGUUGAACAAGAACUAGAGAAGAAACGAAAAAGUGGAGAAGAUGAUAGUAGUAGUGAAAAGAGAGCAAAAUAUGAUAGUGAAGAUGAGGAUGGGAUGGAUUUCUGGGAACAAAUCCAUAAUCUUGGUGAAUUAUCCAAGAACACUAAACCUGUUUCUACCCAUCAUCCCUUACACAGUGCCACACCUCAACCUCAAUUCAAAGAAGAAUCACCCAGCUCCAACGUCUCAAAGGACGUUAAGAGUGUGACUAGUGAAGAAGAUCAAACAAAUUUCGUUUAUGAACAUUUGGUAGGGAAUUUCGGUAUGAUUCCUUUCAAUCCGUCGUGA